UUUUCUGCCCAUUAGUGGAGUCCACUCCUGUGUUGAAAGACCAAAGGGAAGUUUGUUAGGGGGGACUUUUCUCUUUUUCCAAAACCUUUUUACACCAACAUGACGUCUAAUUCGAAUUUAUCCAACAUGAGACGGCUGGUGGAACAACUGCAGCUGGAGGCGAGCGUGGAGAGAAUCAAGGUGUCUCAGGCAGCUGCAGAGCUGCAGCAGUACUGUCUUCAGAAUGCAGGCAAAGAUGCCCUGCUGGUUGGAGUCCCCACAGGCAGCAACCCCUUCAGAGAACCACGGUCCUGUGCUGUGGUGUGAAGAGACAAAGGAAAUGGACACAACAUGAAGAAGAAAAGAAUACAUGUUGUUUUAGACUGCUUUCACUGGAUUGAAUUCAGUGCAGAAAAUGCAUUAAUAUGAAGUUUCACACAUUUUGUGUUUAAAAUAAAUGUUUUCUUUUACAUCA